GCUCCUGUCCCCGCUGGGCCCGCCGCCUGUUCCCGGCGUCGCUCGGGAAGAUGGCGCUGCGUGUCCAGGGCACUGUGGACGUAGUACAAUAGGAGUAAUGCUCCUCUCAGAACUGAUUCAGGAAAUUAAUCUAGUUGAUUAUUCAAGACCUUCAGCAAAACAUUGUAAAAUAGCUGCCUCAUUCCAUGACACCUCCCUGAAGGACAUACUGAUGCUUGUGUGCUCUCUUCUGAAGGAGCACUGGGAGUUUGCUCCAAACAGUGUUUGUUACUCCGUAGCAAAGGAUGGUGGGUCUGUACCCUUUGUGAAAACAGCAGAACCCCACCUCUUAGAAACGUAUGCACCCCAGAUAGCAAAAGCUUACAUUACUUCUAGACUGGAAUGUGUUCCUCAAGUUGUAAGGUAA